GCGUGCAAGAGGGGCGCGCGUGCACACACGUGCGUGCAAGGAGGGGGGCAGUGCGCGCUCGGGCACGUGCAGAAGAGGAUGCGUGUGCACGCGCGUGUGCAAAAAGGGCGUGCAAGGUGUGUGUGGGGAGCACGUGCAAGGUGUGUGUGGAGGGAGCACGUGCAUGCGUGCCGGCCUGCAAAGCAGGACUGUGUGUGCGCGUGUCAGUGUGAAGCCAAGUUGUGCACCCCUGCACGAGUGCAGAGCCCGGUGGAACAUGCACACGCAAGUGCAAAGCCCGGCUGUGUGCGCACAUGUUAGUGCAAAGCGGGGUGUAGUGUGCGCAUGCAAAGCUUGAGUUUUGGGUGCAUGCACAAGCGCGAUGGCAGGUUGGGCAGGCACACGUGAGUGCAAAGGCAGGUGGUGUGUGCAAAGCCCAGUUGAGUGUGAGUGCAAAGAGUGCAAAGCUGGCUUGUGUGUGCACGUGCAAGUGUAAAGCUGGGUUUUGUGUGCACACACCAGUGCAAGGCAGGUUAGUGCAAAGCCCCAGGUGAGGGCUGAGAGGGUGCGCACGAGCGUGCGAGACCGGGGAUGGGUGCCCCACCCAUCAGUGCCAGCUUGGGUGGCGGAGGGGUGAGCGUUGGGUGUGCACACGCAUGUGCAAGGCCGGGCUGCACAUGCAGGCCAGGCAGGCACACGUGUGCCAGGGCGUGAGUGCACGAGGGCUUUGCACGCGGCGCCCGCAGGCGAGCAUGAGAACGCCGGCCACGUCACCCGGGCAGAGCCGCCCCGGGGCACCGCACCCCUGCUGGGUGCCGGCACCGCUCCAGCACCCGUUCCCAGCACCCAUUCCCAGCACCCAUACCCGCCUCUGGCACCGAUUCCCAGCACCCGUUCCCAGCACCCAUGCCCGCCUCCAGCACCCGUUCCCAGCACCCAUACCCGCCUCUGGCACCCGUUCCCAGCACCUAUUCCCAGCACCCGCUCCCAGCAUCUGUGCCCACCUCCAGCACCCAUUCCCAGCACCCAUGCCCGCCUCUGGCACCCAUUCCCAGCAGCCGUUCCUAGCAUCUGUGCCCACCUCCAGCACCCGUUCCCAGCAUCCAUGCCUGCCUCCAGGUGCCAUUCCCAGCACCCAUUCCCAGCACCCAUGCCCCCCCUCCAGCACCCGUUCCCAGCAUCCAUGCCCACCUCCAGCACCCGUUCCCAGCACCCAUUCCCAGCAGCCGUUCCUAGCAUCCGUGCCCACCUCCAGCACCCAUUCCGAGCACCUGUUCCCAGCAUCAGUGCCUGCCUCCAGGUGCCAUUCCCAGCACCCAUGCCCCCCCCUCCAGCACCUGUUCCUAGCAUCCGUGCCUGCCUCCGGCACCCACCUCCAGCACCCAUUCCCAGCGCUUGUUCCCAGCAUCCGUGCCUGCCUCCAGCACCCAUUCCCAGCACCCAUGCUUGCCUCUGGCACCCAUUCCCUGCACCCGUGCCCACCUCCAGUGCCCAUUCCCGGCACCUGUGCCUGGCACCCAUGCCCACCUCUAGCACCCAUUCCCAGCACCCCGUACCCAGCUCCAGCACCUGUUCCCAGCACCCUAUGCAUGCCUAUGGCACCCAUGCAUGCCCCGGCACCCGUGCCAGACUCCAGCACCCGCGCCCGGCUCCAGCACCCUAUGCCCAGCCCUGCACCCAUGCCAGGCUCCAGCACCCACCUCCAGCACCCGUGCAUGGCACCCAUGCCCACCUCGGCACCCAUCACUGUGGCCCCCCCGCCUCGCCCGUCUGCAGUGCCAGGGUCCUCUGGGUGCACUGCCCCCCACCCACCCACCCAUCCCCUCCGGCUCCCACAGGCUCGUCAGCCCCAUGGCAGCGGAGGCGCCCGGCGGGGACCCAGCGCCCGACGCCCUGGUGGCGGGUGCCCGGCAGGUGGUGAAGGGGCUGGAGGCGCUGCGGGCCGAGAGCCGGGAGCUGCUGCGGGUGCUGGAGCCGGCGGUGCCCCACGACGCCCCGGAGCUGCUGGCGGAGAAGCGGGAGCUGGCGCGGCGCUCGCUCGACGGCAUCGAGCUGGGCCUGGGCGAGGCGGAGCUGCUUCUGGGGCUGUGGGCGCACGUCGGGGCGCUGGAGGCCGAGCGGCAGCGGCUGCGGGCGCAGGCCACCCGCCUGGCCCAGGAGAACCUGUGGCUGCAGGAGGAGCUGGCGGGCGCCCGGGCCCGGCUCGGGCGCAGCCAGGAGGCCGUCGCCCGUCUCCAGGAGGACACCCGGCGCCUGGAGCUCGCCGGGCGCCCCCGACGCCCCUCGGUGUCCCGCGACGCCGACCGCAAGGACAGCCUGGCCUCGCUCUUCGACGGUGACGAGGACGAGCAAGACGAAGGGCCCCCGGCCUUGGUGGCGGUGGAGGCAGCACCCAGCGGCUACGAGAUCCCGGCGCGGCUGCGCACCCUGCACAACCUGGUGAUCCAGUAUGCGGCGCAGGGCCGCUACGAGGUGGCCGUGCCCCUCUGCAAGCAGGCGCUCGAGGACCUGGAGAAGAGCUCGGGCCACCGCCACCCUGACGUGGCCACCUUGCUCAACAUCCUCGCCCUGGUGUACAGGGACCAGAACAAGUACAAGGAGGCCACGGACCUGCUCAAUGACGCCCUGGGCAUCCGGGAGCAGACGCUGGGGGCCGAGCACCCGGCCGUGGCGGCGACGCUGAACAACCUGGCGGUGCUGUACGGCAAGCGGGGCCGCUUCCGGGAGGCCGAGCCGCUGUGCAAGCGGGCGCUGGAGAUCCGUGAGAAGGUGCUGGGUGCUGAGCACCCCGACGUGGCAAAGCAGCUCAACAACCUGGCGCUGCUGUGCCAGAACCAGGGCAAGUUCGGCGAGGUGGAGGGCUACUACGGGCGGGCGCUGCGCAUCUACGAGCAGCGCCUGGGCCCCCGCGACCCCACCGUGGCCAAGACCAAGACCAACCUGGCCUCAUCCUACCUCAAGCAGGGCAAGUACAAGGAGGCUGAGGAGCUCUACAAGGAGAUCCUGAGCUCGCACGAGCUGGGCCCCCGGGGUGAGCGGGCACCCCUGGGUGCUAUGUCAGGUGACUCCGGCCAGGCCAGCGCGGUCCCUCCGAGAAGGGUAAGACGAAGGCACCCAAGGGUGCGCUGCAGCGGAGCAGCUCCUUCUCCAAGCUGCGGGAAUCCAUCCGGCGCGGGAGCGAGAAGCUGGUGUCGCGGCUCCGGGGGGAGGGCGCCCGCAGCGCCACCCCCAAACCCGGGCUCAAGCGCGCCCGUUCCCUCAACGUGCUGCACGUGGGCGAGCGCCCGGCGGCGCCGGUCCCCGAGCGGCCGCUGCCCCAGAGCCGCAUCCUCAGCGCCAGCACCCACGACCUCGGCUGAGCCGGCGCCCGCGCGGAGCGUCCGUCCGUCCAUCCGUCCGCAGAGAGGGCGAGUGGCCACCUCCAGGCACCCUCGGGUGCCGCGGGCUCCGCGUUUGGCGUAUUUAGAGGUUGUAGCAGCACCUGGGCGUCGCGGCGGGGAAUAAAUCACAGAGACGCA